AUGGAGAUUAGUGAAAGAGAAGCCGACUCGAACAGGGAAUGUGGUCUAGAAUGCAGUCCGAAAUUUAUGAAUGAUACCUUAAACGCUGUGUGCUCCUUCAUGUAUCUUGAAGGCGAGGUUUCUGUAUUUUGGCGAGCCUUGACAUUCAGAUCAAACCUCGCGACAACCAAGGUUGCAGUCAUGGAAAACGCGGUCAUGGAAAACGCGGUCAUGGAAGAGGCCGUCAUGGAAAACGCGGUCAUGGAAAACGCGGUCAUGGAAGACGCAGUUAUGGUAGACGCAGUUAUGGUAGACGCAGUUAUGGAAGCGGUAACCAAGGGAUCCACAUCGUCUAUGCCUACAAACCUUCCCGUACCGACAAUUUCGGCGAGCCAUCGUCUAAUAUUCUUACAAUGGUUAACUCUUAGUAUUCAAGACAAUUUGUUGUACAACCGCAAACUGGAUGAGACACAUUGUAUUUUGCGACACUUACUGGAAAGAGGAGGCCUACUAACGCCAAAGACAAUCUUAGGCUUGAUUAAGAUUCUCGUGGAAAAUUAUGAGCCAUGUCAGGAGGUAGUUGAUACACUUCUUUUAUUGUUGCGGUCUAUUAAUGAGGAAGACAUCGCAGCCCAAAAAGAAGUAUUGGCGACCUUUAAACGAGCGGGCCAGUCUUUCAAAACCAUUUUGUUCGACUUCCUGAAACUCGACACGGAAGCCGUCAAGAAAUUGGUCACCGAUCCCGGGACUUGCUCUGCUUGCUGCGAUCGCUUCAUACUCUUAUCACAACUAAUCGGAAAGUCGCUAACUGGGCCACUAGGCUCCGAGACAACCGUAACCUUGACACGGGAGGAUAUUGAGGCUCAUUGCAUGACAUGGAGUUGUCAAACAUUGAGGGAAUUGAUCCAGCGCAAGACUCACUUGGAUUUUGUCCACCCAAAUGCAUCCGGAAAAAACGUGUGCACACAUAAUUGUUACAUUCAGAAUGAGAUGUACAAGACCAUAGAAUCUCCCUGUACUGAAAAAGAGUUAAGAUCUGCGGCUGUAUUUGGAAUAUUGGACCAGUACGUUGAACGCGCCGAACAUGACAACCACCGGGGAUCCACUGAAUCAUUGAUUAAGCCGCCUGAAGAUAUAGAAACUGCGCUGCGGCGCGAGCUUGAUGAAUUCCUAACGGAUCUGUAG